AUGGCGUCGUGGCUACAAGUCCCCAAGAACUCACCGUUCUCUCUUGCCAACAUCCCCUUUGGCAUCAUCUCCGCUCAAAAUGCGUCGCGAGUUCCUGCGAUUGCCGUCGGCGACCAUGCUCUGAACCUCAAAUCAUUUGCGUCAAACGGUGGUUUCUCGCAGCUUCCCGAAAUUCAACAGCACCUCGGGGUAUUUGAGCAACAGACCCUCAAUGCCUUCGCAGAACUAGGACGCCCAAUACAUCGCCAAGUACGCGAGUAUCUCCAGAAUGUGUUUCGCGCCGACACCCAGUUCCCGCAAAUUCUGAAAGACAAUGUGGCAUUGCAGAAGUCAGCUCUGCUGCCAUUGUCGGAAGUCACCAACCAUGUCCCAAUGCAGAUCGGCGAUUAUACCGAUUUCUACGCCGGCCUGAACCAUGCCUACAACGUUGGUGUGCUGUUCCGUGGCCCGGAAAAUGCUCUCCAGCCCAACUACAAGCACCUUCCUGUCGCCUACCAUGGCCGUGCUUCAUCAGUGGUCCCUUCGGGAACACCUCUUCACCGUCCACAGGGCCAGAUCCUGGCGAAUCCCGCCGCGAACCCCAAACUGCCUACCUUCUCUCCAUGCAAGAGGCUCGACAUCGAACUCGAGCUCGCGGCUUUCAUCAGCAAGCCUAAUGAUCUCGGAAAGCCUGUCUCCAUUCACGAAGCUGAAGAUCACAUCUUCGGUGUUGUGCUCAUGAACGACUGGUCCGCCCGGGACAUUCAGGCUUGGGAAUACGUGCCUUUGGGCCCCUUCAACGCCAAGAACUUCGGAACCACAAUCACCCCCUGGGUUGUUCUCCUCGAUGCGCUGGAGCCCUUCCGCACUGUGGGUCUCGAGCCCGGUAACCGUGAUAGCCUCUUGCCUUAUCUUCGUGAGAAGCGCGCUGAGAACGCAUACGAGAUUCCGCUCGAGGUCGAGUUGACUAACCAGGGCGGCCAGCCUACACUUAUCUCGCGCAGUAAUGCACACAACCUGCUCUACUCCUUCUCGCAGAUGGUUGCUCACCAUACGAUCACCGGAUGUAAUCUUCGUUCCGGUGACCUGCUGGGCUCGGGCACUAUCUCGGGUAAGGAACCGAAGACAGAGGGCAGUCUCUUGGAGCAGACUAAUGGCAAGACGCCUAUUAAGCUGGCUGAUGGGUCGGAGCGACUGUUCUUGGAAGACGGGGAUACCGUUGUCUUGAGAGGCAUGGCUGGUACAGAGGGUAACUACGUCGGCUUUGGUGACUGUGUCGGUACCAUCUUGCCCGCUGUUCCUCUGUAA